GCGAGCCGGAUACGAGCGUCCGUGUCCAAAGCGCGAGCGCCGCCGAGACCCGCGAUCCUGUCUCGCAGCCACGUCGCCGCGCCGGAGUCCCGCGCUGAGGGAGCUCGAGCGCUUCCGGUCCGGACGGGUCCGUGAUUCUCGCGCGCUCCCGGUAGGCAGACUACGAUCGCGCGGGAUCUGAUUCAGCGCGAGGUGAACAAGGCGCACGCGCACGGUCACGACACGUCACACCGUCCAAAUGACCGACAGAAGAUGGGAUCAACAGAGCAGCUCGAUAUGGAGGUAAUGACGCCGCUGAUGGAGGAGGUGGGAGGGGACGAGAACUCGGACGAGGAGAGCGAGCCCGAGCAUCAGCCACAUGGUACCACGUUCACUCAGACGUUGUUGCACCUGUUAAAGGGGAACAUUGGUACAGGGCUGCUGGGAUUGCCGCUGGCAGUGAAGAAUGCUGGGAUAGUGUUGGGGCCGGUUUGUUUGGUGGUGAUGGGUGUGGUCUGUGUCCACUGCAUGCACGUCUUGGUGACCUGCAGCCAUCAGCUGAGUGAGAGGUUGAAGAAGUCUCCCCUCGGCUAUAGCGACACAGUGGCUGUUGCUAUGGAGACAAGCUCCUCCCAUUGCCUGAGGAAAGGUGCUCAUUUUGGGAGACACUUGGUGAACUUCUUCCUGGUUUUGACCCAACUGGGCUUCUGUAGUGUUUACUUUGUUUUCCUGGCAGAGAACAUUAAACAGGUGGUGGAGGGUCACCGUGGAAACACUACAGCAGCAGCGCCGGUGAUGACACUGUACUCUAACAGCUCAGAGGGAGGCGGUACUGACGCUGCAGCUUCCGGGGCGAUGAUGCUGGACCAGCGGGUGUACAUUCUCCUCCUGCUGCCCCUCCUCAUCCUCCUGUCCUUCAUCACUGACCUGAGGAGCAUGGCGGCCCUCUCAGCUGCUGCCAACGUCUGCAUGGCCAUCAGCCUGGUGCUUAUCUUCACCUACAUCCUCCACGAUGUCGGAGACCCCCGGCAGCUCCCGUUCGUUUCCACAUGGAGCAAAUUCCCUUUCUUUUUCGGGACAGCCAUCUUUGCUUUUGAAGGCAUCGGAGUGGUGCUUCCUCUGGAGAACCAGAUGAGGGAGCCGAAGCGCUUUCCUCAGGCUCUGGACAUCGGCAUGGCCAUCGUCAUCAUCCUCUACGUCUCCCUGGCGACGCUCGGCUACCUGCGCUUCGGGGACGACAUCAAAGGGAGCAUCACGCUCAACCUGCCGCACGACACCUGGUCUAAUCUCCUGGUGAAGGUUCUCUACUCAUUCGGCAUCUAUGUGAGUUUCGCUGUGCAGUUCUUCGUCCCGGCGGAGAUUGUGGUGCCGGCGGUCUGUGAGCGAGUGUCCGAUCCGUGGAGACGACCUGCUGACCUCUGCACCCGAACGCUGCUCGUCAUCGUCACCUGUGUGGUGGCCAUUCUGGUUCCUCGGCUGGACCUCGUGAUCUCCUUGGUGGGCGCGGUCAGUAGCUCCGCCCUGGCGCUGGUCUUUCCCCCGCUGGUGGAGCUGGUGGUCCACUCCGUCCGCCCGUCCACAUUCCUCCUCCUAAAGGAUCUGUCCAUCGCUAUUUUGGGUUUUCUCGGCUUCCUCACCGGAACUUACGUAACCGUAGGAGAGAUUAUUUACCCUGAAGAGCAGGGACACGCUCAUCUCCAUGACGACACAAACUGGACCACACCUACUGCCCCGCCCCUUUAAUGACCACAGCUGGCCACCAAUGUCCAGGACAAUUCUUAUACACAUACAUGCAUAAACAUAAGCUUGCUGCAGUCUUCGCUACUCCAUGUUCAUAUUCUGCCACUCCGGGCUUUAAAUCCCACGUUUUGCUGAUUUUCUAAAUAAAAAUAAGUAAACGUAGUCUAGAGCGACCACAUCUCCGUUUAUUGUGCUAAUUUUAGUGCAUAUGUUCUUUUUAUAUGCUGGGGUUUUUUAUGAGUUUUGCAUAUUGGCAAAAUCUAAAACAUAAAAUACAGGUGCCAUAACUUUUGCACAAGCCACAUUUCUGUUUUUUUUUUUCCCUCCAGUAUUUCAGCAAAGUAACAGUAGAUGCCCAUUAAAAUGUGCAGACUUGUGUUCUCUGUAGAGACUUAUUUUCACUUCACAAUUAAUAUUAUAUGUAUAAUACCUUAAUAGUAUUGAAGUUCACUACCGUUCAAAAGUUUGGAAUCACUGUUCUAGAUAAUAUUGCAUAUAAGGAUAAUAGAAUAACUGUACAGCGUGAAAGUAGGUUCAAUUUAAUAUUCAGAAUGAAGCUAUAAUAAAAAAAAUCUGGAAUGAAGUUAUAAUUAAAUAUACAGAAAUUCAAUCCAGAAUUCCUCGUAUUCAACAAAUUUCAUUGACCGAGCAGCUAAUUUUACAUCAAGUAGUACAAAAGCUACAGUAUAUUAAAUAAUAUCUUAUAUAUUAUUGUUUAUGUUGAUGAAUUCUAUUCCAAAUCUAUUCCGGAAUGCUGAAUAUCCAUUGAUAAGAGGAUAUGGAAAACAUUUCUAUUUCUAAACAUUUCAUGGAAAACAUUUUUAUUUCUAUUUUUACAAAAAUGAAUUUUACACGCUCUAUAUAAUUUUUUUUUUAACAUUUUAAAAGUAAUUUUAAACUAUUUAUGAUGGUCAGUUCAGCAUCCCAUGUGAUAAAUGGAAGUUUGUGUUUGUUGUGCUGGUACGAGUGGAUCAGACACAGCAGUGCUGCUGGAGUUUUUAUACUCUGUGUCCACUCACUGUCCACUCUAUUAGACGUUCCUGUGUUGUUGGCCCACCCUGUGGAUGUGAAGCCAGAGACGAUAGCUCAUCUCUUGCUGUCCAGUAUGAGCUUAAUCAUCCUCUAGUGCCCACAGGACUCUGAUCCACUCAGACCAGCGCAACACACACUAACACACAACCACCACGUCAGUGCUACUGCAGUGCUGAGAAUGACCCAACACCCAAAUAGUGCCUGCUCUGUGAGGGUCCGUGGGGGU